AUGGUUUCUAUAUUAUCCAGUUCCCCUUCAAAACUCAUAACCAUCAGUCUAGCAUUAGCCCAGCUAUAUAUCCCUGCUGUCCUGGCUGCCAAUGGCAGUAUGGACGAGUAUCCUGAUAUGCCAGCACUCGAUGGUAGCAGUUCUAGUGAAUCUUCUGAAGAUGCUUCCACUUCUGCUGAUGCAGCCAAGGAAAAUACUACAAAGGCAGUGACUUUAGCUACCUCAACCGCCAAAACUGCUGAAGUUGCAGAGACAACUGCUUUGGCAAGAAAUUCUUUGGCUGUAGCCGCUACGUCUGCUGCUGCUGCUUCUUUGGCCGAUAGCCCUAUUUCCGAAAAUGCAAGCACCACCAUCUGGUGGACUCCUACAUCUUCUACCCUUUCUGCUACUGCUUUACUUCAGGGAGUUUCAGAUACAGCAUCUUCUUUUACAAUCACCGCCUCCUCUGCUGCUUCUUCUUCUCUAGUUACUGGAGGUACUUGUGGUGCUGCCUAUGAACAGUGUGGUGGCGAGGACUACACCGGUAACACCUGUUGCCAAGAAGGCCUUACAUGUGUUACGCUCAACAGCUACUGGGCCAGAUGUAUCAGUGAAUCUACUUUGGGAACUGAAAGCGUUUCGGGAACCAGUGUGAUUUCAACAUCCACCGGCAAAUCAGGAUCCAACGUUACCCUAUCUACCAGUGUUUCCUCUGAAGUGAUAACCACUGAGUACGACACUACUUAUCUUACAACCAUAACAAGCAAUGGAACUACUUAUGAAACUUCUGCCACCUCUCAUGUCUUGAGCAGUGAAAUCAAGGCAGUGAGUAGUGUUGUGACGGUUAAUGGAGCUCCUUCUAACUUCUAUGCACACUACCAAAGUGGUAAUAACUGGAGUUUGAAAUUGGCCGCCGGUGUCAUUGGACUUUCCUUGAUAUUGACCGGAAUGUGA